GAAGUUGUGGAAACCUCAUAAUGAAUGUAAGGAAUAUUAUUAGAUGGAAAACGUCUGUGCACUGUCACAAUUGGAGAUGAAGUUGUAACAAGCGAACCAUGAAGACAAACUUCAGUGCCACAGACGCUGUAGUGCUCUGCUGAGUGUGAUUUAACUUGAUGGUAGGUGUGUCCCACUUUACAGUCACUGUCAUGUCCUCUCUCAGCAGCUGGGGGGAGUAGAAGUCGGGUCAUAUCCACAGUGCGGGUGAUAAAGGAGAUUUCUGAGACAGCUCAAGUAUUAACUGAACUUGUCGAGGGCGGGCCAGUCGUUCGGAAUGAAGUCGGCAUUUGAAGUUGUCUCAGUCCUCUGGUGAGGACAAAGGAAACCAACAUCACUGACAAGUAACGCUUUCUAUACUGUCACAUGGACCGACAGAUGCGACUUAGUCCUUUGUUGUUUUAAAGACAUUUAAAGCGGGUUGUUGGUGCUACAAGUGGAGGCUUCUCGUUUAAACUGAAGCAAAAAAUGGGAGAUGAUACGCACAUCUCACACGACAUGAGCGCACAGGAUGCCAAGGGUGAUGGUCCACCUUUGGGAGCGGGCGGUCCAGACGCCGGGGACCAGAUUGAAUGCAGCAGCAUCCCGAACGGGGAGAGCGGCUCCGCGGCCACGACGCGCCUGUACAAGAAGCGCUGGGCGAUCGUGUUCCUGUUCAGCUCUUACUCCCUGAGCAACGCGUACCAGUGGAUCCAGUACGGGAUCAUCAGCAACAUAAUGAUGAAGUUCUACAACGUGGACGCGAUGGCUGUGGACUGGCUCUCCAUGGUCUACAUGUUGACCUACAUCCCCUUCAUCUUCCCGGUCACCUGGCUCCUGGAUAAGAAAGGGCUGCGGGUCACAGCGCUGCUGGCCAACGCGCUCAACUGCGCCGGGACGUGGAUCAAGGUGGCCAGUGCCCAACCCGACCUGUUCCUGGUGACCGUGCUCGGACAGUUCGCCAGUUCCCUCGCCCAGGUCUUCAUCCUCGGGAUGCCCUCCCGCCUGGCAUCGGUGUGGUUCGGCGCGGAUGAGGUUUCCACAGCAUGCUCCAUUGGAGUUUUUGGGAAUCAGAUGGGUAUUGCCAUUGGGUUCCUGAUCCCACCCAUCCUUGUGCCGAAUGUGGACGAUAUGAAUGAGCUGGCGUACCACAUCAGAGUCAUGUUCUACAUCAGCGCAGGAGUGGCCAGCGUCAUCUUUAUCCUCGUGAUCAUCGUGUUUCAAGAGAGACCAGAGAUCCCCCCCUCCCAGGCCCAGGCUCAGGCCGGGAACAUCCCCCCUGACGAGUACUCGUACACAGCUUCUAUCAUGAGGCUGCUGCGCAACAAGCCCUUCAUGCUCCUAGUGCUCAGCUAUGGGCUGAAUGUUGGCUGCUUCUAUGCUGUCUCCACACUGUUGAAUCGGAUGAUCAUUGAACACUAUCCCGGUGAAGAGGUGAAUGCUGGGAGAAUUGGUCUGACAAUUGUUGUUGCUGGUAUGGUCGGCUCGCUCAUAUGUGGCAUUUGGCUGGACAAGACCAAAACCUACAAACAAACCACCUUGGUCGUCUACCUCCUCUCUCUGAUUGGGAUGCUGGUCUACGCCUUCACCCUCAACCUGGGUCACCUGUGGGUGGUGUUUAUCACAGCUGGAGGUCUAGGCUUCUUCAUGACUGGAUAUCUACCUCUGGGCUUUGAGUUUGCCGUAGAGCUCACCUAUCCAGAAUCAGAGGGAACCUCAUCUGGGCUGCUCAACUGUUCAGCGCAGAUCUUUGGAAUCAUCUUCACCAUCUCCCAAGGGAAGAUCAUAGAUAAAUGGGGCACUCUAGCGGGGAACAUCUUCUUGAGUAUCUUCCUCCUGAUAGGAACAGUGAUUACAGGGUUCAUCAAGUCUGACCUCCGACGACAGAAGGCCAACCUUAAGGCCGAGGUGCAGACGGCGAGUCCUACAGGCUCCGUGACAUCGGUUCAGGACUACGGGGCCACAGCAUGCAGCGGCGCACACAAAAGGGCCAGUCUUGACAUAAACCUACAACCUCACUAGAACCAAAAGCGCACACCUGCUCAGGAUGUGACAGCUGAUCUGGAAGGAGGCGCCACUCCAAAUGAAAUCCUGAAUGAGAGGAAGUUAUGAGGACAGAUGCUCCUUCCGUCGAAGACACCAGGCACAGAUACAAACAUAAAUACUGACAAAAUGCAUAAACAUGCACACACGGCCAGGGAGGGAAAAAGGCUACUGUGAAGAGUGAUCACAUGUAAACUGACCUUCACUGAGCAGCCAAAGAACCAGCAGACAUGCAGCGUAUUUGUACUUGAUUAUACUGCAACAUGAUGUACUGUAUGGACACCAGAGAGACACACUAAUAUCCGAAGUGCACCUUAAUUCAUCCCAAAGCAAGCACAAGUGAAUCAAGCACAAGGGGAACACGCUUGAAGUGUUUUUUACAUUACAAUCCAUUGUGGGCAUUUUACAUGUCUUGUCAGUGCAAUGCAACCGCCUCUAAUGACUCUGACUUUGUUUCCUGAGCUUUUACUGUCCCUCUCUCGUUAGUGUUAGCAUAAUGUUCUACGUAUCUGAUGCAACACUGAAACCGUGAGUAUUUCCUGAUGUUUAGAGUUUUGUUAAAUGCAGUCUGUGACCUGUUUUGCUGCUGAUUAUGAAUACGAUUGAUGCUGUGCAUCUGAGUACACUUUGGAGGGCCGGUUUUGUCCUUGUUCUGCUGUAAACACAAGACACUUGGUGAUGAUUGUCUGGACCGACACUCAAGAGCAGCACUAGACAUGAUGGGAGUAUUAGGCUAAUGAAUCUACUGUAGUUGUCCGUUUACACAAGAAAAAAGUUUUUAUGUACAAUACUAUUCAUUUGUUACUGAGAGAUGUAGUUCACGCAGUGUAACCCGUGUUGAUACAGUUUGUCAUCAUGUUAUACUUGAUGUUUUGUGACUAGUUUUCUGUUAUUGUCUGUAUUUAUAGUGAUUAUGUGAUUUUGAUCAGUGCCAGUUACAUUUAACAGUGCUGUGAAAAUGUUUCCACACACCCAGGGUUUUUAAACCUUUUGUCUCCCAUUAAUUAAUUCUCAUUGUAGUUCAAGUUAGACUCUAGAUCAGUCUAGUGCAAUGGUUUUCAAACUUUUUGUGCCAAAGGCACACCAAAGUAUCUACUAAUAACAAAUUACUUUUGAGAUAUUAACAAAAUGAUUCAUUUGAUACUUAAAAUUUUAUAAAAGCAACACCUGCAUUAAAACCAAACAGUUCGAUUAAUUACAAAGUACUGUGGUUUCCUGUAGGUAUUUUUAAGGGUAUACAAUUUGCCUGUGUAUUAUGAAAUGAAUGCAUACAAAUUACUGAUAUGAUCAAAUAAAAACUCAUUCAUCCCUUGUUGUAUAUAUUAUUAACAUAUAGAUGCAAUAAAAUCCCACAGCACACCGGAACUUACCAUUUGGGAACCAGUGGUAUAGAGACUGAAACGUUCUUCUUUUUAAAAACCCUUCUCUUAAACCCAAAUAUGAGAUCUGAGCAGCACAGAAUAUUAGAUGUUUGUUAAAAAAACUGCACAAAACGCAAUAACGCCCUUGGAAACAAGAAGUCUCACACUGUAAUCAAAUCAUUUCAUUUUUUAAAAUGUUUUAUAGGAUAAUCACUGUGCUUAAAUUUAAAGGGUGUACAAACUUUUCACAGCACAGAAUCAACAGCGAGAAUCAUUUCUGAUAUACUUGUUUGUGAUACUUUGUAAUGAAGAGCAUAGUUUUAUACUGUACAUCUGAGGUCUUUGGUAAAUCAUGAAUUAAAAAAGGACAGGAAGCGGUGGUCUGGUGAAAUAAAACAACAUUGAACAACA